AUGAAGCUCUCAAUCUUUGCUGCGGUGCUUGCCGCCCUUCCUCUGGCAACCUCCUCCCCAACCUGGGGACCUGGAAAGGGCCCCUACGGACCGAAAGAUAAAUACCCUGGCCUUGCUGUGCUUGCAAAGAGAGCCGGUCUUCAAUACUUCGGAACUGCCAUCGACAAUGUCGUCUUGAACAACACUAGAUACGUCUCGAUCGCGCACAACCGCUCCGAGUUCGAUCAGGUCACGCCCGCCAAUGGCCAGAAGUUCGUCCACAUCGAGCCUCAGCGCGGAGUCUUCAAUUGGACCCUCGCGAACCAGGUCAUCAAGCCCGCGAAGAAGGCUCGACAAUCCGUCCGCUGCCACAACUUCAUCUGGCACACGCAAGCCCCGGAGUGGCUCGAGUUCGGCAAUUGGACCAAGAAGGAACUCGUCUCCAUCAUGGAGAACCACAUCAAAGUCGAGGCGCGCUACUUCUACGACACCUGCUUUUCGUGGGAUGUCGUAAACGAGUCUUUCAACGACGAUGGCACGUUCCGCGAGACCUUCUGGUACAAGACGCUCGGGAAGGAGUACAUUGAGCUUGCGUUCAAGUUCGCGCGCAAGUACACCUCGCCGCGAACCACGCUAUACUACAACGACUACGGCAUCGAGAAGGUCAACAACAAGUCCUUGGCGAUCGCCGAGCUCGUCAAGGACUUCAUCAAGCGCGACAUCCCCAUCGACGGUGUCGGCCUGCAGGGCCACUUCCGCAUGGCUACCGCACCCAAGUACGAGGAGAUUAGCGCCUCGAUCGCGCAGUUCAACAAGCUCGGCGUCGAGACCGCCAUAACUGAGCUCGACGUCCGCAUCGAGCUCCCCGACUCGCCCGAGAAGAAGGCAAAGCAGGCGGAGGGAUACGCCAAUGCGGUCAAGGCAUGUGUCGAUGCGGAUGAUUGCGUCGGCGUGACAGUGUGGGAUUUCUGGGACCCCGUUUCUUGGGUGCCGUAUACCUUCCCUGGAUGGGGCAACGCAUGCCUUCUCGAUGAUGACUUCAACAAGAAGCCUGCGUAUUAUGCAGUUUCCGAUGUGUUGCGGGCCGCUGCCUAG